AACGCCAGCGCAUCCAUCUCUCCGAAACCACAUCCCACUGCCAAUCGGUGUGUCGUCGUCAAGAUGAUGUUCAAGCCCUCAUCGCCUCUCUUUUCAGGUCUUCUCUGGAAGAUUCCCUGGCGUAUCUCCUCGCCCCAGAAGGCAAGACAGAGGAAGCGUCUCCGUGCCGUCGACCGUGUCGUGGAUACCGUGAGCGCCGCUCUGGCCCGGAACGGAGAGACCGCGAAGCCCGUGACUCGGUGGUUCAACGAGAUGCCCCGUGAGGAGGAGAUGGUUCCCAAGGACAAGUACACCAUCUUCGAUAAAAAGGAGAAGAAAUACCGCAAGGGAAUUCAUAAGUUGCCCAAGUGGACGCGAGUCAGCCAACGAGUCAACCCCCCUGGUUUCUAAGCCUUUCUUUCGCACACAGCAUGUGCGGAGAGACGAAUUAUCCGCACGGAACACCUACUACCAACUCUUCCUCACAUACAUUCGGAGUUACACUGUAUUAUACACCACCAUCCAUGUCGCUCACCGUUCCAUAUAAGAUCAUCGAGUUGGAAAAGGGACACAGGAGGGAUCCUCGGAGUUUUUUUUCGGCUGUUGGGAGAUGACAUCAUAACUGCAUUGGUUUCCUUGAUAUUCGCAAUGUUCAUUUUUCCGCCUCAUACCGUACAACCAUUAUGUUCGCAUCUACUGAUUGAUCGUCAUUGGUAUCUCUCGAAACGGUAAGAAUGAGGGGUCGAGGUGGACAGGUAGUCAUAAGAGAAAGGCAGCCUGACAAUAAGAAUAUGGCAAGAAAGAG